UUGACACAUCUCCUUGUCUCUCCUCUCAUCUCUCAACCCAAACUACCCCACCCCCACACACACCAUAAUGUCGUCCGGCUGGGAAGUCCGAUUCUCAAACUCGCGCCAGUUGCCCUACUUCUACAACGCGCAGACCUCGCAGUCGACCUGGGACGCACCCGAGGGCCUCUCGGACGCGCAGAUCCAGGCUCUGCCUGGUGCCAAGUACCUCUCUGGUGCGCCGCCCAAGCCUGAGGGGCAGGUCCGCGCGAGCCACAUUCUCGCCAAGCACUCGGGCUCGAGAAGGCCCAGCUCGUGGAAGCAGGCAAACGUGACCCGCUCGCUCGACGACGCGCGCUCCAUCAUCGAGGGCCACAUCGCACACCUUGCCCCCUUGAGCCCCGAGCAGCGUGCAGCCGAGUUUGCACGCAUCGCGAGCACCGAGUCGGACUGCUCGUCGGCACGCAAGGGUGGUGACCUUGGCUGGUUUGGCCGUGGCGCCAUGCAGAAGAGCUUCGAGGACGGAACCUACGCGCUCGAGGUCGGCGAGCUCUCACCCGUUAUCGUGUCCGACUCUGGCGUGCACGUCAUCCUCCGUACCGGCUAGUAGCCGCGCGCAUUAGGAAAGAGAAAUCUGGGGCCCUUUGUCGUCGAAUGCAGUGAUUCCUGAC